AUGUUCUCAGGGAUCUGUGGCCUAGGCGCCAUACUAGGCCAUUACCUGGGACAGGCAAAAGAUAUCGGCAGCUACUUCACACAUAGACUUGUCAAAGGUGUGUGGGGGAAGGACCAGCAAGGAUGUGAAGAGCACACGCUGACAAGUGUCUCCACAGAUGUGGAAGCACACCAUCAGGCAUGGGAGCUGCAAAACAACCAGCACACUGCCACUCAACACACCUUACCCCAAACACUGGAUCAAUUCACAAUCGAAUCGGAACUCUUCAGCACCAACUGCACCCAUCACCAUGCAGAGGACAAAACAGAAGCGGGAAAGCUAGGAAAGGAAGAUGCCCAGCACCUGCAAACUCUCGGGCACUUUCCCACAGGAGAGCAUCUCCUCAGAGCGCCCGAGCCUCAACCAGAAGCCUCCAACAAGCCAACGUUUCCCCAAGAAACUAACCCUCUGGCCUGCCUCGAGCCUCCACAGUGGCUCCUGCAGGAGAAUCAAAACCUCAAGACAUCACUAGCCACCAAAGAUGAAACAAUCAGACUCCUCUGGGAAAGCAUCCACAUACUGUGUCAGGUCAUUAAAGAAGCCACACACAUGGACACACAACACCAGCAAGUGGAACUUGAGAACAACCGACUCCAGAUGAAGCAACAGCUCUUACACAAGAUAGAAAAGGGCCAAGAGCUCUUUCUCACAGCCAAAAAGAACGAGGUGCACGCUCUGCAGAACCAGCUGGCAGAGAUCCAGCAGGUAAAUGAGACACUCGAACAAUCCAUGGCCAACCUUGCUCAGUUCAGGAGGCUUCUUGACACCACACACCACGUCAGCCAGGACACACCGACUCACACUCACUUGGCACACAAUCUCCACGACAACAACAUCAGAGCCACAGUGAUUGAGGAUGAAUCCGGCCAAGUCCUGCAGACUCUUGACAACUUUUCUCCCACCAAAGAAGAUAUCCAAGCUUCCCUACACGUCUCCCACAGGACACCAUUCAUGCAAGAGUCUCCAGAGCUCACGCAACCUGGGACCUCAAGCCAGUCUUCUCAACUCCAAGGGACCAGCCACAACCUCGAAGCAUCACUCGCACCAACACAAGCCACAACCACGCUCCUCCUGGAACAAACACACACAAUGCCUUCUUCCAAGAACACCACCACCACACUCGAGACGCAACACCACCAAAUGUCUCUGCAGAUCAAGCAACUUGAGGGCAAACAACUUUUCUUGCAAAAGUUACUCAAAGCCAAAGGCAUUUUCAUGAAGGCAAAAAACAAGCAGCUACGAUCUCUCCGCAAGAGCCUCGAGGACAAAGAGAAAGAAAAUGACACUUUACGGCAAACCCUGAGCACACUCUCACGCUCCACCACUGACACCAUGUCACUGGAGACACAACACGACCCAGAGUCUUCAGCACUCGAGGAAAUGAGGAAGAAACAACAGACGCUAGAGAAGCUCAUGCGAGGGAAAGGGCUGGUGAUCAGACACAAAACUCAGCAGUUGCACACGCUCCAGGACACCCUUGUCCAGAAGGAGGAGGAGAACAGAAUCUUAAAGCAAUCUGUGACCCAGUUAGAAGAGGCCGUGUCCACACUGCAGAUGGAGAUUCAGCAACGCACACAGGAACACGAGACAAGCCCCGACACAGUUCGGGAAACGAAGGAGGCCUACGUCAACACGGAGAGGCCCAUGUCAAUCCAAGAGGACCCACUGGCUGCCUGUGCACUCAGGGAGGAGCUGCACACUCGUGAGCGGCUGCUCCGAGAAAAAGAAGACCGAUGCCAGCAGCUCUUCAGUGCCACAGAGGCCAUCCUGAAGCAGAUCCUUCUGCUCCAGCAGGAGAAAGACACAACGCUGCUGGGCCUGCACCAGAAACACCUGAAGGAACAGGCCCUACAGAGAGCACUGGAAAGCUUACAAGACAUGUUCAGUCACCAGCACCAAGAGGAGCCAGAGGAGCAGGAGUCAGAGCAGGAGCUGGGGGAAGAGGAGUUGGAGCCAGAGGAGCUAGAGCAGCAGCAGGAGCCGGAGAAGGAGGAGCAGGAGGAGCCACAGUUGAAGCAGCAACAGGAGGAGGAGGAGCCGGAGCAGGAGGAGGAAGAGGAAAAGCCGGAUCUGGAGAUGGAGGAGCAGGAGCCACAUCAGGAGCUGAAGCAGGAGCCGGAGCUGGAGGAACCAGAGAAGCAGGAGGCGCCAAAGAAGCAGGAGGAGCCAGAGGAGACGGAGGAGCAGGAGGAAGAGCAGGAGCAGGAGUCAGAGCCUUGA